AUGGAUCCGGAACGAGCUAGUACAGAUGAAGUAGAAAGUAAUGCGCCUGCUUCCGCAGAAGGGAUGGCGCCACUAGAUGUUAAUGUUAGUGAAAGACCUGCAUCAGUUAGACAGGGAGGAGGAGCUAGAGAAGCCUUCUUCCAAGCCAUGACUGAUUGGUUUGUCGAGUUCGUUCGUACGAAUCCGGCUAUAAGACCUCCACCCCUUCAAGAAUCACAGGUUCCCCAUGUAGCUUCCCCAGCUGCAGGUAUAGUUAUCAGGGAGAGACCACCUGUUGAUAAGAUUAGGAAGCAAGGGGCUGAAGAAUUUCGGGCUACCAAAGAUGAUGAUGCAGAAAAAGCGGAAUUCUGGCUUGAGAAUACAAUCAGGGUUUUUGAAGAAUUAUCUUCUUACCAUUGGUGGAAGACCCUCGUGUCAGUAGUACCAAGUGAGAGGGUUACAUGGGAUUUCUUUCAGGAGGAGUUCCGAAAGAAGUACAUCAGCCAGAGAUUUAUAGAUCAGAAAAGGAAGGAGUUUCUUGAGCUAAAACAAGGUAAAAUGUCUGUGACUGAAUAUGAACGCGAAUUUGUCAGACUUAGUAAGUAUGCACGGGAAUUUGUAUCCACCGAAGCCAACAUGUGCAAGAGAUUUGAAGAUGGGCUUAAUGAUGACAUCCGACUAUCAGUGGGUGUAUUGGAAAUUAGAGAGUUUGUUGUUCUGGUAGAAAGAGCCUGUAAAGUAGAAGACUUGUUAAAAGAAAAAGAGAAAGGCAAAGCUGAAGCUGAAGCACAGGAUACAAAGAAGAGGCAGAUGAGUAAAUCAUUUCAGUCUACAUCUAAGAGGCCUAGGGAGCUCUCUAGCGGAUCAUAUUUUCCAGCUAGAUAUCCUGGCCGAAGCAGGGGCAGAAGAUUUGAGGGUUCUAGAGCUCAAACCACUAUAGUUGCAAGUACUGGCAGUACUCGACCUCCUAGGCCGGAAUGUCCUCAAUCUAAAAGAGAAGAGAUAACGUGUGUGAGAUCAGGAAAUGCUCCUACUAGAGGUAGACCGCAGAGAAACCCAGGAGUGGGAGCGAGUAAUAGGAGUGCAUCCAGAGAUUCAGCAGCGAGAUCAGAUGUUAGAGCACCCGCGAGAACAUAUGCUAUUCGUGCUCGUGAAGAGGCGUCCUCUCCUGAUAUAAUUGCGGUAUCUGAGUCAAAGAUACAGGUAGUGCCAGUUGUAUGUGAAUUUUCUGAUGUGUUUCCAGAGGAGUUACCAGGGUUGCCACCAGAAAGAGAAGUGGAAUUUUCUAUAGAUUUGAUUCCGGGAACUGCCCCAAUUUCCAUAGCUCCGUAUCGUAUGGCUCCUACAGAAUUAAAAGAGUUAAAUGCACAGUUACAGGAACUUAUACGGGUAAAAGAGCCAGAUGUGCCAAAGACAGCUUUCAGAACCAGGUAUGGGCAUUAUGAGUUUCUGGUUAUGCCGUUUGGGUUGACUAAUGCACCUGCAGUAUUCAUGGAUUUGAUGAACCGGAUAUUCAGACCGUAUCUAGAUAGGUUUGUAGUAGUUUUCAUUUAUGACAUUUUAGUCUAUUCUCGGGAUGAAACUGAGCAUGCAGAACAUUUGAGAAUAGUGUUGCAAAUUCUGCGUGAAAAGAAACUUUAUGCUAAAUUCAGUAAAUGUGAAUUUUGGCUUCGAGAGGUAGGUUUUCUAGGACAUAUUGUAUCCGCAGAAGGCAUCAGGGUAGAUCCGAGUAAAAUUUCAGCUAUUGUCAAUUGGAGUCCACCGAAGAAUGUAUUUGAAGUUAGAAGUUUCUUGGGUUUAGCUGGUUAUUAUCGGAGAUUUGUACAGGGGUUUUCUAUGAUAGCUUCUCCAAUGACCCGUUUAUUACAGAAAGAUGUUAAAUUUGAAUGGACAGAUAAAUGCCAGCAAAGUUUUGAUCGAUUAAAGGAGUUGUUGACGAAAGCACCUGUGUUAGUACAGCCUGAAUCGGGUAAGGAAUUUAUUAUUUAUAGUGAUGCAUCAUUAAAUGGUUUGGGUUGUGUCUUGAUGCAAGAAGAUAAAGUAAUAGCCUAUGCUUCAAGACAACUUAAGCCACAUGAAAGAAACUACCCCGUACAUGAUUUUGAAUUAGCUGCUAUUGUAUUUGCAUUGAAAAUAUUGUGGCAUUAUUUGUAUGGUGAAAAGUGUCAUAUUUAUACUGAUCACAAAAGCUUGAAAUAUUUGAUGACACAGAAAGAUUUGAAUCUGAGACAACGCAGGUGGCUUAAACUGAUAAAGGAUUAUGAUUUGGUUAUUGAUUACCAUCCGGAAGCUUUGGGUACUCAGUUGCAUUUCAGUACUGCAUUUCAUCCUCAGACAGAUGGCCAAUCUGAGUGUUGGGGCGAUGCUCUUGGAACUGGUAUGCUUAAAGCUUCAGUGUCUGAUACAAUCUUCAUAGCAUCUGUUUCGUGGGUGUUGUUUAAUUCUUUAGUGGUUUAUUACUUCAGCCAAAAGGAAGAGCAAUUAAGGUUGAAGAUAGCAUCAAUGAACGCCAACCAUCCAUGGAUAUAA